GAAACUGUUACCGUGGCCAAGCCGACAAGAAGUAUAAGAAGACAAAGCACUAACAUGAUCAUUGGCCGCAUAUAGUUUCAGAAUAUAAUAUAAAACUGUGCGCGAAACCGAGAGUGAGACUCACCUAUAUAAACUCGGUGAAUUUAUCAUCGGUUUGGCCUAGAUCACCGACUCAUAACUCCAUAGAACUAUCCUCGAGGGCAUCGUGGCCGUCCGCAUCAUUGUCAACGACGAGGCUGAUCAUUAUUUCGCCGCAGUCGAUCAAUGGCCAUGAUCGAGGGUAAAUUAAAAAUGGGAAUUUCACCUUAUUCGCCCCGCAAUUUCGAGGGUCCUGAAAUACGCUGAUCAGCUUGUGGCUAAAACAAACAUCCGAUACUCUUUCGGAUCGUAUGCGCAGACAUCAGGUCAGCUAAACACUGAACAAACCGACCAGCCCCCGGUAAACCUCGGUAACGUACUCCAGGCAUUUGGUGUAUGUUCGAACCGUGUCGUAGAUCUACGAUUGGAGGCCGACAGGGGUGAACCAACGCAGGAAAAAUCACCAUCUCUACCUCGGACGCGUCGCAUAUACAAAGGAUGACGCCGGUCCGGAUAGUCCUGAUUCUGGCGACGACCAGUUUUUCCCUCCAGCCUAUUGGAUUCUGUCAACUAAUCAGGCCCAACUACGUUUACCGGAAUUUGAUCUCAGGCAUACACGACCACUUCAAUAACACCUGCAUAUUACUGCUGCACGCGACGGUCGAUCCGCUGACUUCCCCGGACGGUAUACGAACUAGAAACGCUGUACGGCUGCUGAAUCUGCAGAGGUACUUCUCUCAAGAACGUCACACGCGUACGGCGAUCAUGGACCUCGCAACAUUUACGAGCAAAGUCGGAAUCGACUACUUUAGAAUAAAGCGACCGCUCUUCGUCAUCCUCAACGAUCAGGGCGACAUCCGCCAACUUCUGACAAACCAGAUUUCAACAUGGAUAACAAUGGCCUAUCCGACCUGGAUAAUGUUUUUGAGCGAGGGCACGGAACCGGCUGAAUUUUUCAAGGGCAUGAAUAUCCCCUUCGACUGCGAGUUCAUGGUAUCAAAUAACGUGGGGCAGACCGAGGUGAUCACAGAGGUCUACCGCGUGUCACCCGGGGAUGUACUGAGGACCUCGAAUUUCGCAAUCUGGACACCCGAGGGAGGCGUCAGGAUAACGGGCCUGCAGGGAUUGUACCAACGAAGAGCCGAUCUUUUUGGAAAAACACUCUGGGUCACGUCGAUACAGAAUCCACCCAUGUCGACGAUCCUGAACGAUGAACACGGAGAAAUGAUCGGAAUCGGUGGAAUGUUCGGUCGAAUAUUGGAUAUACUGGAAGACAAUAUGAAUUGCUCAUUCCGAUACGUCGAAGGAAAGGCUUGGGGUGUCCUUUCCCCGAACGGUACUUGGAACGGGAUGAUCGCCCUUUUGAUCGACAAAGUCGCCGACCUCGCGGCCAGUGAAUUGGUCUUAACGUCGACGCGGAUCAAUGCCGUAGAUUUCACGAUACCGAUCAUAUCCUCUAGAUUCCACACCUACAUAAAAAGGCCGUCGUCGUUAUUCAUAUCGUGGAAGGGUUACACGGCUCCCUUUGCAACGAGCAUCUGGCUGGCCCUCGGUUCUCUGAUCAUUCUAUCGAGCGUGGUCAUCACCGUUACGGAAUACGUGGGGCAUCGGUACGACGUUAAUCGUUACGGAGACUCGCCUCGACCGAGACUCGGCAGUACCGUACUCGCUGUAUUCGGGGCAUUCUGCGGACAAGGGAUGCUGGCCUCGGUGCUACCGACCACCAGAGCGGCCCACCUUACUGUUCAUCUCACCUCCGUCAUUCUCAUCGCCGCCUACUCCGCCGCUUUGAUCAGUUUUUUGGCGGUGCAGACAUUCACCAUGCCCUUCACAACCAUGGAAGGACUUUUGAGGGAUGGCACCUACCGAUUCGGAGUUACACCUAAUUCCGCGGAGUACAGUCUCUUCAGCAACACAACUGAUCCGGUGUUACGAGCUUUAUUUGAGGAGAGGAUGGUGCCGGACGAGCAACUACCGAUUACAUAUAUCGAGGGGUUGCACACUGUCUGCCGGGAAGACGGGUACGGGUUUAUGAUCACGGAUACAAUGGUCGGGGCUCUCGAAAAUCAAGUCGAUUGCGCUCUGGAAGCAUUGGAGACCAUGCUACAAACAUCCCUGGCGAUGGCCGUCGCAAAAAACAGCCCCUAUCGUGGGAUCAUAGACGCCAACAUUCUGAUGAUGAGGGAUGGCGGCAUUUUAAAUCGUAUAAUCGAGUCCGAGUGGCCCACCAAGUUUAGCAAGGCUGAAGAGUCGUGGACAUCGGUAAAAUUUGGAGACGUGCUGCCACUGGUGAUAGUUCUUGCCGGCGGGAUAAUUUUGGGGGUAUUUGUUGCGUGCGCUGAAAGAGCGGUUGUUGGUCGCUUGCAUUGUAAUCUUGUGCCGCGGGGAGGAAGACCCACCAAGUUCGAGCCCUCCGCUUUAUCGAAAUACACCCCGGAAAGUGAUAGGCUUUCCAAACCAAAAAUUAAUGUUGUAUCCGUAUCCAAUAAAUGAAGAAAAUACGUUGCAGGCGAAUUACAAGAAACAGUAUACAUAGUAGUAUCCCGUUCAUCCCACAUAUGGCGGGGAGACCCUACCUCGGAUAAUCGAAAUCUCGGAUAACACGGAUAGCUUGGGGGUAUUAUACAUUCGAAAAAAUAACGGAGGCAUUUUUGCUCUAAUUUAAUAACAAAGGGUUAUGAAUCAUUACAAGCUUGAAUUACUGGCUUAACAAAGUUCAUAAUGUGGGACUGUUUUAUCUGUAACUUGCAACAUUUAAUAUAAACAACAAUAUCGAACAAGUUCAGAAGCGUAUUAUAUGCAAGAAGUAAAUAUGUAUGUAUGUAGUAUAUAACAAUCUUCCGAGCCUACGCCUCGUAUAAGACAGAGGGCGCGGAUAAUCGAACCUCGGAUAAUUGAGACUCUACUGUAUCAAGAGACUCGGUAGAGUCUUGCGCCUAGUAUGUACGUACAUUAAAAAGAACGGGCGGACUACCGAGUAUCUAUACCGCUUAGGAGAGCAGAAAAGCGUAGUUGGGUUCGCGUUUCAUCAAAUAGCUCCCAUAUUUAUAAUAUUAGAGCAAAGGUGGAAUCACUUUCAAUAUAUAAAUUGGGGACGAGCUUUCACUUAAGCCUAAUUUCAUUAAAAUUGGUCAUCGGACAGCUGAGAUAUGAUAAUCUCUGAUCACCGGUGUGCUCGUUUCACGUACGUUUGCUACGUCAUCUGAAAAUCCAGAACCGUUCCAACAUAAAAUAGUAUAGAAGGGAAGCCUCGGUUUGGACUGGUCACUGCUCCGGCUUGCGCCAUAUUUUUACCAUUGAGUAACUAUACUUCGUACUAAGUAAGUAAGUAAGUACUAAGUACGAAGUAUAGUUUACUCAAUGUUUUUACCAAGUAGCAAGAAGGUUAUAACGCUCGCCUAGCAGGUGGCGUCAGCGUAGCCGCUUUUAUUUCUUUACAGGGUUUGCCACCGCACAGCGAUUCUUUUUCAUCCCUAUCGAUAAUCAGAAUAUCGAACAUGGAGAUCGCGUGUCUCGCCAGCGCACUGACCGUGUACGAGGUUACAAGGAGGAAACUCGUUGAAUCAUCGGUAAUUGUAAUCAGCGGAGAUGGCGAAGAUGAAAAUGAUUUCAAUUCAAGAUUUAUGGCUGUACGAACUGCAGCCCAAUCAUGUCCAGGUCACCUGUCUAGCAAGCAUUUUCUGAGCCAACUACAAUCUAUGCCCUUUGUCAUACCAAGUAUACUGAUUCAUGAAGUUUAACAUUACCUCUUCUCAUUUAAGCAUACCGAUAUUGAAGGACGUAUCAGUUUCAAUUCCAAUACCACAAACCAAAAGUUCCUGCUUUCUCAAACAAAUAAACUGAAGUUGAAGUGAAUCAAAUGUAUGAAGUUUAAAAAUCUCUACGUUACCCUUCGGUAUAAUCUGCAGCCAGACUGAAACCUGGUUAUCUGCUUAGCAGUUUUUCUAACUAAUGCGGCUCAAUUGGACUCUUACUACCAUGUCACCCAAAAGGAACUGAUUUCUCCCUUGGUAUGUUGUCAAACGUUGAUAAGAUGCAGCUUGGAAUCCAAGAUCCAUUUCGUCAAACAAAUGAUCCAAGGAUACUACGCCUGGUGACUUGUAAUAUAAUUGCACAAAUACACCUAGUGAACCGAAAAACCGUGUAAGCCAAUUCGCAAAAUAGCAGCUAUCAAGCCUUUAUUUAAAUUGGACACAUAAUCUGAUGUAUAUGAACUCAACCUACAGAGUGACUAAUCGUUAGAAUAGAAAAGCAUAGUACUUUACGGAAUCUUUUGAUAAUUGCUUAACUCAGAUGUGGUAGUAACUGAAUGUUUCCUAACCUGAUGAUCAUCCUACCACAAUACGAUACUAAAGAAACCGUAAUCAAUACUGCAAUAUUCUUUGAGAACAUACAAAAAGUUAUGAAAUUCCACAAAAGGCACCUACGGUGCAAAAAAAUUCGGCAAGUACAUCAAAUGUUCAACAGUAACUACCAUCAAAAUAUAUCUAAUGAUUGAUUAGAAGAAUUCAUGAAUAAUAGGAAAAAAAGAAUCCAAAUCAAUUACUGUGCCAAGUAUGUACAUGGAACUUAGCUACACGAAUAGAAAUUCUAGAGAAGAUUGGAAUAAAAAUAAAACAACCCUAAUAAUUAAUUGAAAGAUGACGAAAUUGGAAAGCAAAUGAUGAAAAUCAAUUCAAUGAAUCAAAAAACAAUAAAGAUUGAAAAAAUCAA